AUGACGCCCUCACUUCGGGUCAUCCCCAACGCAGCAUCCCGUGCCGUCUCUCUCCUACGGACAAUUCAGGCCCAUCCGCCAUCAUGCCCGUGCCACACCAACCCUGGCCACCACCACCACCAUAACCCAUUGAACUUUACUCCACGGCCCUUGCGGACAGGUAACAGCAGCCGCGGCUUUGCCACCCCGGUAGAUGGACCCCAGAAGGAGUAUGCCUUCGAGAUGGCCGCCUCCUCCAUCCGCUUCGGCCCAGGCUCCACGCAGGAGGUCGGCAUGGAUUUCUCCAACAUGGGCGCCAAGCGCGUCGCUGUUGUCACCGACCCGGUCGUCGACGGUCUCUUUGCCAUGCAGCAGGUUCGCGAGGCCCUUGACCGCGAAGGCAUCAACUACAAGGUCUACAACCAGACCCGCGUCGAACCCAAGGACAGCAGCAUCCGCGAGGCCAUCGACUGGGCCCGUCCCUUCUCCCCGGACGCCUUCUUGGCUGUCGGCGGCGGCUCCGUCAUCGACACCGCCAAGCUGAUGAACCUGUACUCGUGCUACCCAGACGCCCCCUUCCUUGACUUCGUCAAUGCGCCCCUCGGCAACGGACGUCCCGUGGACAAGGCUCUGAAGCCUCUCAUCGCCGUGCCCACAACCGCGGGAACCGGCUCCGAGACCACGGGCACCGCCAUCUUCGAUCUCGUCUCGAAGCGCGCCAAGACAGGCGUCGCCCACCGCAACCUCAAGCCCACGCUCGGCAUCUGCGACCCGCUCAACACUCGUACCAUGCCCUCCGCCGUCAAGGCCGCCUCGGGCCUCGACGUGCUCUGCCACUCCCUCGAGUCCUGGACCGCAAUCCCCUAUCACGAGCGCGUGCCCCGGCCCAAGAACCCCAUCCUGCGGCCGGCGUAUCAGGGCGCCAACCCCAUCAGCGACGUCUUCUCCUUCCACGCGCUGAGGGCGACGGUCAAGUACCUCCCUCGCGCCGUCAAGAACCCCGACGACUACGAGGCGCAGAGCGAGAUGCUGCUCGCCGCGACGCUGGCUGGUGUCGGAUUCGGUAACGCCGGCGUCCACCUCUGCCACGGCAUGUCCUACCCCAUCUCGGGCCAGAACCCGGGCUACCAGCACGCAGGCUACAAGGUCUCGUACCCCAUCAUCCCGCACGGCGUCUCCGUCGCCGUCACCGCGCCCGCCGUCUUCCGCUUCACGGGCGCCUCGAACCCGGAGCGCCACCUGCAAGCCGCCGAGGUCUUUGGCGUGGACGUCUCGCGUGUCCGCAAGGAGGACGCCGGCGCGGUGCUUGCUGACGCGCUGACAAAGUUCCUCGCGGACCUUGGCGACCAGCCGGCGGGCAUCAAGGAACUGGGCUUCGGCACCCAGCAUCUGGAUGAUCUGGUCGAGGGGACAAUCCCGCAGGCCCGGGUGCUGAUGUUGGCGCCGGGCUUGGAGACGGAGCUGGAGAAGGAGAGGGAGCAGUUGAGGGGUUUGUUCGAGGAUGCUUUAGUGCACUCAUGA